UCAUUCACUCUGUAAAUACAAUGUAUUGUUCGAAAUAGAUCAUAAUUACAGUUACUCAAUUUGUAACAAAAUGAGUUUUUGUGUGGAUCUAGUCUCAGAAGAUUCUUUUUAUGAAAAUAUUACUUUGGGUGUAACUAAACUUUUAGAGUCCGACCCUCGAAUUUGCAAUGUGAAUGUGGAACGCCGGAUUCCUUGCGACCGCGUCGCCCUCUCUACUUGGGAGCAAAGACAUUCUGCUGCAUUACCUGAGGAUCUUCGAAAUUUCUAUGCCUCAAGUGAUGGAUUUUUACUUACUUGGCACUACAAGUAUUCAGCUGAUCAGGUACUGCCCGUUGGUUCCAUUCGAGUGAACUCCUUGAACGAACUGAUUCUUUCGCCAGCUUUGAAGGAUCUACUAGACUUCUCUUUUACUCGUCCGAACACUGGGCCACGACCGGUUCUCAACACCAAGAGCAAAGUGUUUGAACUAGAUUCUUGUAGAACAAUCGGCAAGGUAUGCCUGGUGUACACUGGAGGCUCGUGGUCGGUGUGGCUGGGCACUCGUUCUGGUGCGUGGGGUUGGCUGGCGGACUCCUUCACGCAGUACUUCAGGAUGGCGCUGGUGCACCUCGGCCUACCCGGCUGGCAGGCCGCCUUCGCGGGCUUGCCACCAAUACCCUGGGCCGAGCAACUGUUCCUUCUGCUGGCGCCGCAUCUGUUGGAAAAAGUAGACGAAAAGCCAGUGGCUUCAUCGUCGUCCGAGGCCAGCCUGAACCAUAUCGACCCAAACAUCUUCAAAGUCUCCGCGAGGCAGCACAAGAACGCUUCCAGGCAGACCAAUGCUUAGAACCAGGCAAUGGGGUUGGCAACUGUCAAAGGUU